GCUGGAGACCAAUGACAGGACAGGUAGGCUAGCAACAGGUGAGCAGAGAACACACACACAUUGUGAGGACAGAGCCUCUGUCUGAACAUCCUGUCCGGCCUGACAGGGAAUUAGAGAAGCGAGGACCAUUUCACCGCCUCGGAGGGGAAACUGCUGCCAAACAUUUGGAUUAUUACCGAGAUUGUAACCCCGGACGACAAGAAACAAAUUCAAAUAUCACUGAAAAGGACUUUAGAGAUGCAUGUGAGCCUCGGUGGUGAGUUAAUGUGACUUUUAGAGCUUAAAAACAUGUAUUUAAGGCUUUAAAGUGUCACAACGGUGCAGCCGUUUGUGUUGUUUACGUGGAGUUGUAAUAUUGAACUCCAAUGUUAAACCACCACUGUUUGUAGCCUAUAACAUAGGCCUAUAUAUGGCUAAAUGUCUCCUUAUUCUUUGCAGUAAUGUUUUUACAAAACCAUUAGACUACAGUAGCAAAUAGUUUGGGUUAUUUAGUAUAUUACAUAACGCAUGAGAGGGCUGUUAGGGUUUUUUAUAAAAACCUAAUAAAUCCCCCUGAACCAUGAGCAACUCGGAGGGGCUUCGGCCGGCGCCGUCCGGCAGGAAGCCGCUGGGGAAGCUCGCCUCCCGGCUGGAGGAGGUGAAGAACCCGUGGCGGCAGGUCUCCUCGCUGGAGCUGAGCCACAACGAGGCUGCGCGGCUGGCGACCGACGCGCUCCUGGAGCACGGGGAGCAGGAGUACCGCCGAGUCCUGACGGAGGAGCGGGAACUCAACUUUCUGUCCCCGCUGGAGAUCCGCUACGUCACCCAGCACGCGGCCAAAACGUUCGAAUCCGAGAGCAACGGCUCCGGCUCCAACGACCGGGACUUCGGGGACGCGGACGCAGUUUCCGAGCUCACAUCCGGGACUUACUUCCCGAUGAUGUCCGACGAGGAGCCGCCGAUGCUGGAGCUCGGCUGGCCGGAGUCCAAGUCGAGGUACGGGCCGUCGGAGACGCAGAUCUACUUCCAGAGGGACAAGUCUCACAACAUCAAAGACCUCAUCAGGUCCCUGAUGAACAAAGCCAAAAAGGUGAUCGCCCUGGUGAUGGACGUGUUCACAGACGUGGACCUGCUGUGUGACCUCAUGGAGGCGUCCAACAAGCGCAAAGUCCCCGUCUACAUCCUGCUGGACGAGAAAAACCUUGAGCACUUCACGGAGAUGUGCUCCACGCUGGAUAUUCAGAGCUCCCACAUGAGUAACAUGCGUAUUCGCAGCAUGUGCGGGGACACGUACUGCACCAAGAGCGGCAAGAAAUUCACCGGUCAGGUCCUGGAGAAGUUCAUGAUCAUCGACUGUGAAGAGGUCAUCGCCGGCUCGUACAGCUUCACCUGGCUGUCGGCUCAGGUGCACAGCAACAUGGUGAUGCAUUUCACCGGCCGGAUCACCGACAGCUUCGACAGGGAGUUCCGCUGUCUGUACGCCGACUCGCAGAUCAUCGACUGCUUCUUCAACGCGGAGGAGGAGGGUAUGCCCUACUACCCGUCAUACCAGGCCAUGAUGGCCCCCGGCAUGGGGCUUGGCCCGGUCAUGGGGCUGGACUUACUCCCCGACAGCCGGCAGAGGGACCGGGUGUGCUCUGAAAACUCCAGCAGCCAAUCAAGUAACAGCAUGUCCAGCGUCAAGGCGGCACCCGGGAUGACGUCUAACACGGUCUACAAGGUCACUCAGACUCACGACACCAAGCCCAACAGCAACCCUCGCCUUAGCCCCGAGAGGAGAGGCGGAACCCUGACACCUCCGGGGCCGCGAGCCACCGCUAACGGGGGAGCCAAUCACAGCCCAGGGAUGGAGCGCCCGCCGCCGCCCUACGGUCAGCCAAUGGGCGUCGAGUGGAACAAGCACAACCCAGCGGACGCCAUUCGGGCAAAUGUAGGCGGCGCCACCUCCAAGUUGCAGGGGUUGGGGUUGUACGAGCACAAAUCGGGCAUGUUCCACGGCGCCAGCACCCCCGUGUCAAACCUAAACCCCAAGACACAGACGCCUUCCCCGGGCAACGAGGGCAAACUCAUCCCCAAACAGAGGACUCCCUCCAACCCGUUCAUCAACAAAUUCUCAGAAAUCUUCCUGCCGCAGUCCAGCAAAGAGACGUACAACUUCCGGAGGCCGCCGUCCCCUCUCGGCAACCCGCCCUGGGGGGGACCGGACCUCUCGCAAAACGAGCCGGAGAGCCAGCAGAGCCCACCGCCGCCGAUGUCCCCGGGCGUGGUGAUGAGCCGGCACGACCAGAAGCGAAUGACGCUGGGCCACAGCAAGCUGGACAUGGUGAACCAAUACAACAAGCUGAAGAACCGGCAGAUCUACAGCCGCUUCGAGCUCAAGCCCAAUUCAGUUCCAGUUGAGGGUGAUUUCAUCGGAAACUAAAUGUGUGUUUAAAGGUUA